AUGUAUUCAUAUUACGCUUUUCGUGCAAUGCAAUAUCGUAUACCUAAAUGGGUACAAGUAACAGUCACAGCAUUUCAAUUAUCACAAAUGGGUGUUGGUUGUUUUGUUAACUAUAAAGCUUAUUUUUAUAAACAAGCAGGAAUAUCAUGUCAUGUUGCUUAUGGAAAUAUAUUUUGGUCAUUUGUCAUGUAUGCUGCUUAUUUUGGUUUAUUUCUUCAUUUCUUUUUCGUAAAUUAUUUAUUAAAAAAGCCAACUACAAACGUAAAAAUUGACGAACAAAAAAAGAACAAAUAA